AUGAGUCGCCGCCCUCGACAGAACCCCCGAAGGCGAGUGCGAUUCCGCCAGGGCGAUCACGACGGUGCCGUCGACGAUGAUGAUGAGGCCGAGGAAGGCCCCCCGAGGCCGCUUCCGAAUCACGACUACAAGGCCAUUUACAAAUGGUGGAACGACGAGUACAGACUAGUCGCAGUCUGCAUCACCGGCGCCAUUGUUCUCGGCAUCAUUUUCGGGAGAUUCGACAAGCAAGUCGUUCCACAGCUCAAGGGCGGUAUCGAUUUCGACGUCGUCAUUGUCGCCAUGUUCACCUGCGUCCGUGUGGCCAUGAGCGGCAUCGUCGAGUCGUCCAUCAGCCAAGCUGCUUGGAUUUGGGUUUCCGAGGCACGCCAGCGCCGUACCAACAACAUGCGCGCCAGACUCGAGGACUUCAAGAUCUACGACGAGGCUUCGCGCGGGCUCUAG